AUGAAACUUAUCGCCUGUACCCUUAAGAAUGUUGAGACCUGUGUCGAAGUAGACCCAUCUGACACCGUAGAUGCUUUAACCAAUAAAAUUGGAUCGAGCCUGAACAAUGCUAGUGCCAGCAAAAUGCGAUUAAUCCAUGCUGGUAAAAUUUUGAAAAUGGAACAAAAGAUAUCGGACUAUUCUGACAUCAAGGAUGGGGAUAAAAUUAUUGUUCUGUUCAGCAAACAAUCCGAAGCAAGUACAAUAGCUAAUCCUACACCUGCCCCUACCUCUACUCCCAUUGCAGAUGCCAACACCAGUCCCCCGAAACCCAUCCCUACCACGGACCCUAAUGCCUUACUGAUGGGCGAGGAGCUAGAAAAAGCCAUAAACGGUAUAGUAGAAAUGGGUUUUGAUGUUGAAUCAGUCAAAGCGGCCAUGAGCGCAGCAUUCAACAACCCUAACAGGGCUAUAGAACUCCUCACGCGUCAUGAGGUAGACGUUUCAGACCAUGAUACGCAUCAAUCUGUUCAAACGACGGGCGUGUUGGAUGAGCUGCGACAGCACCCUAUGUUUGAGCAGAUGCGGGCGAUUGUGCGCAGUAAUCCACAGACGCUGCCACAAAUUUUAUCGCUCAUAGGGCAGUCAGACCCAUCAUUACUCCAAGCCAUCACUGAAAAUCAGGAAGAAUUUAUCCAGCUACUGAGUGAACCGGUACUAGGCACAAGUGGUGAUUUUAUUGACGCCCAGUCUAUAACUUUGACACCAGAGGAAAUGGAGUCUAUAAACAGACUGGAGGGGCUCGGGUUUUCGAGACCGGCAGCUGUCGAGGCAUUUUUGGCAUGCGAUAAAAAUGAGGAGAUGGCAGCAAAUUAUUUGCUUGAAAACAUAGCAGAUUAUGUCUCUGACAAUGAUAAUUAA